AUGGGCAGUGUCUUUCUCCCUCAUCUGCACAGCGGCUGGCAUGUUGAUCAGGCAAUACUGAGCGAAGAAGACCGCAUAGUGGCCAUAAGGUUCGGGCGAACAACGACCAUAGAGUGUGAGGAGAUGGACGAGCUGCUGUUCAAUAUUGCAGAGAGGGUGAGAAACUUUGUUGCCAUCUACGUCUGCGAUAUUGACGAGGUACCUGACUUUAAUGAAAUGUAUGAACUGUAUGAUAACAUGUGUGUGAUGUUUUUUUAUCGAAAUCGACACAUAAUGUGUGAUUUCGGUACAGGUAACAACAACAAACUAGACUUUGCUAUAGACAACCCUCAGGACCUUAUCGACGUGCUCGAAACCGUGUUCCGGGGGGCAAGAAAAGGCAAGGGCCUGGUCGUCUCCCCAAUUGACUUUUCUCGAGUACGUAGAUAA